AUGCCCCGUUCUCGAAGGCCCACGCCCACCUCCGACGUGUUCCCGGUGCGUUGGGUUCAACCGCGCGGAAGGGAAGGGAGGGCGGCGGUAGCUAUGUCUCGCUUUCUGCCCCUCGCCCUCACGCGCGCCGCCGAGGACGGCGACCUGGCGGGGGUGGCGGCCGGCCUGGACGCCGGCGUGGACGCCAACGCCCGCAGCGUGUUCCAGACCUGCCUUCUGCACAUCGCCGCGCGGCGCGGCCACCACGAGAUGGUGCUGGAGCUGCUGCGGCGGGGCGCGGAAGUGGGCGCCCUGGACUACGGGGGAAUGCGGCGGACCGCGCUGCACUGGGCGUGCCAGCAUGGGCACGUGAAGUGCGUGGAAACGCUGGUGGCCUGGGGGGCGGACACCAAGGCACAGGGGCGGAGCUGGGCGAAACUCGUGCAGGGCCAGAGGUGUGCCGGGGGUGCUUGCUUGGCCGGAGGGGCUGCGCGUUUGUCUGCGGGGCCAGUUUCAUUCGCAUGGAGCAGGUGUGGAGAAUUGCUGGACAGCGCAUCGCCAUGUGAACAAUCUCCAUCCAGUCUGUGCAAGAACAACUCUGUUCGCUUGGCACUGGAACGGCCAGCGUGGAGCCCUCAGAUCCACAACCAAUUCCCAUCCAGAUUCAGGGAUGCAGUGCAGCUGUUGCUGAUGGCUGCCGGCAGAGGCGAUAAGGUGCCAGACAAAACCAAAGCCAGCAUCUGUAAUCUCAGCAGGGAUGCGAUGUGCGUUGUGAUCCGCCAUAUGGCAUACCCUUUGAGCGCCUGGAUGUGA